GAUUUGGUGUUCUGUGGAACUGCUUAUGUCCAAGAGAAGAAUGACCUGACCUAGCUCUGAGCCCCAGGUCACUCUCUGUCAGCACUGAAUCUAGCUGUGUCAGACCAGCUUCCUGAUGUCAGGGCUUGCUUUUUCCAUUUUGGGGCUGUUACUCUGAAAGAGAAACCACCAGAAGAAGGUUGUGAACGGAAGAGUGGUGUGAUCUGAUUGUUGGGUUUCGUUUUCGUCAUUUUUUUCCUGGUGCUGGAGAUUAAAUCCCAGGGCUUGGUGCCUGGUAGGCAAGUGCUCUACCACUGGACUAUAUCCACAGACCUUCUGAUUAUGUUUUCAAAAUAAUAUUUCUCACUGCUGUGUGGUGAAGAGAUGAUGGCAUGGACUAGAAGAAAAGGUAGGAGGAAGAUUACCUGAAGUCGAAGGACAGGAGGUCUAGUGAUGAUUGUGCUGGGCUGGAUGCUCUUUGUUGGACUUGCAUGCUACAUGGGCACAUUUCCAGAGGCAAUGCCUCCAACUCUAAAGUGGAAAGAGAGGUGGCCUGUUUGGGAGAGCAAGACAAGAAGAGGGCGCCAGCCAGCCGUUGGAGGAGGAGUUGCUGCUGGACAAUGUGGAAGGGAUAUAAAUAUCCCCCAGGAGGGACCCCCUUGGAAGUGAGCAAAGAUGAUCCUGGUGAAGUGAUGCAGCUGUGAAGACCACCAAACCCAAGUUCCUGUUAGUUGGUUUCACAUAA